GGAACAGCCAUACGAUGCGGACGGCUAACGUUUUUCGCUUCUUCUGUACGCAGUUGAUGUUCAGCACAUGCUUCCUACCAACAGUGGAUUCAAGUUCUACAGUUCUACUCGCAAAACCUGUCACAGCGGCGGGUAAACUGCCAGUCAUCAACAAGAACACGCCACUUCGUCUCCCACCGGACACGCCCACCAUCCUGCCAAAAACGUUCGAGAGGCCAGCCUCAUCAUCAGCGACAUCAGCGGCGCCACACGAUAAGAGGGACCGGCCGAUCGCCUAUGCUUUCACUGGGCAUGGGAACAGCCAUACGAUGCGGACGGCUAACGUUUUUCGCUUCUUCUGUACGCAGGUUAGUAAUAUCGAUUCUUUGUACACUAAAAAAUCAAGCGACGUUUUUCUUUUGGUGUUCCCAUGCCCACGGGAGUUGUUCUCGAUCGUCGGUCAGAGUAUAGAUGUUGUAAAAUUGCUGAUGCUAUGCGGCGACGUUGAGGUAAACCCCGGUCCUGAAACGCGUAACAAACAGCUUGACGACAUGUGCAAACUGCUUCAAGAUGGUCAGUCUAAACUACUAAUGGUUGUAAAUGAAAUCAAAACAAAUCAACAGCAGUUGGAAGACAAAAUCACUGACAUCUCUAACCGGCUCCAGAAUGUGGAAACUAAGACUAAUGUUCUUGAUAGACUGGAUUGUGAAGUUUUUAAUGUGAUAUUUUCUUACGUGAAGCCACGCUCUUAA